AAAAUAUAAAAUAGAAAUUAACAAUAAAAAAGAGGAACUAUUCCAUAUUUGUCUAAUAAUGAAUAUCAUUUUUUUCUCCUUGAAAAAAUAUGCUUGAAACAUUUAUUGAACGAGUUUAGCCCUCCUUAAGUUCAACUACUGGAUAGUAUAGUAUUGUAACGUUUAAGAAUAGGGAAAACCAAUUUGAAGUAUCUCUAUAUAAUCUGCCAAAAAAACCAAAAGGGCAAUAAACCAGAAUAAAGCAUGUGGAGGUCUAACCUCUUCUUUCAGUUAUAUAUGCGCAUACUACCAAAAACUCUUUUGAUGUGUUUCUUGUUUAUAGACUUUAUAUCAAAGUUUGAGCCUCUCUUUUUUGUGUUUUCAUCUAUUCUUGCUUGUAAAAUGUUAAUCUUUACCUUAGGUGAUAUUUGGACUACUUCAUUUGUUUUGUGCUUGUCUUGUGUAUGUGUGCCUUUGUAAGAGUGUUUUUAUCCCAAUUUUGCAAGUCUGUAUGGUCUUUGUAAAGGUAAUUUUCCUCCUAUUUUGUGAUCUUAAAUGGCCUUUGUAAGAGUGUUUGUACCCUAUUUUGUGUUCUUUUACACUUUUGCUUACCCAAAAAACAUUAGAUAGUCAAUUCUAUCAUACAUAUGCAUAAAUUAAUAUGCUGUCAUUUAAAAAGUUUUCUGGAUAGGCAAAAAGUGAAAAUAGGAAUGCAUUUGAAGUAUUGGAAGCAUGCCGACAUUGAUAAUUUUCUUUCUGUCUUUCUGUUUUUUUUUUUUUGGGUAAUGGGAAGCCUAAGAUUCAGAGUACCCAGUAACUCUACCAUGCUGCUUGGAAUGGAUGACUGACAAAAUUCUGUCCCUCACUGUAUCAUUCUUCACUUCUAUGUAUGUCACAAAAUGGAAAGAGUUCUUCCCUCAGGAGAAGUUGAGAUAUGCCCCUUCAUUUCAUUCUCAUGUCGUAAGUUGCGCAUCAAUUGAGGUUCUUCAAACAUACCUUGCAUGGAGACAAAAUGAUUGUCAUACGAACAACCAAUAUAGCACUUGUUUUUGGAUGCUGAUUAAAAGUGGAAAGACUGAAAGGGAGGCAGAAGAAUUUCUGAAGGGAACUCAAAAGCAAGAUAAAAAUGAACUUCUUUUUCAGCAGUUUGGUAUCAACUACAAAAAUCUUCCUGAAUUAUUUCGUCAAGGAUCUUGUGUUUUCAAGACAGAGGUGGAAGAUAUUGUUAAAUACCAUGAGGAUGGCACUCCUGUCAAAAGACUGCGGAGAAAGCCGAGGAUAGUUCACUCAGAGAAUAUAGCUGGUAGAAACUUUUGGAGUGAGUGUCCAUGUCUUCCUAAGGAGCUGGGAUGUUUUGAAGAGAAUGUUGGCAAAAUUAAACCAGAUUAUGUUAGGUCCUUUCUAUUUGAAAACAAGUUGAUGCCGUGUGCAUGGAUUGUAAUUAGAAUUGAUGGCUGCCAUUUUCACAGAUUCUCUGAAGUUCAUGAAUUUGAGAAGCCCAAUGAUGAGAAAGCUCUGAACCUUAUGAAUUCAUGUGCAGUGGCUGUUUUAGAAGAGUUUCAAGAUAUAACCUUUGCUUAUGGUGUUAGUGAUGAGUACAGCUUCAUUUUGAAGAAGGAAUCUCUGUUCUUUCAAAGGCGAGCAAGUGAAAUAGUGUCUGUGAUUGUCUCCUUCUUCACUUCUAUGUAUGUAUUGAAAUGGAAGGAAUUCUUCCCACAGAAAGAUUUGAAGUAUCCUCCCUCUUUUGAUGGACGGGCUGUCUGCUAUCCAUCAUCUGAUAUUAUUCAAGAUUAUCUGGCAUGGAGACAAGUUGAUUGCCACAUCAAUAAUCAGUAUAACACCUGUUUCUGGAUGCUUGUCAAGUCUGGUAAAAGCAAAAGUGAGGCCCAAGGUUGCUUAAAGGGUACUCAAGCACGGGAGAAGAAUGAACUGCUUUUGCAGAAAUUCAGUAUCAACUACAACAAAUUACCAAUGAUAUUCCGCCAGGGCUCAUCUGUAUUUCGAAUUGAGACAGAGAAGACUGUGACGUUUGGGAAUGGAGGAAAGCUACAGGGUGAAGUAACUGUUUCACACUGUAAUAUAAUUGAGCAAAGCUUUUGGAGAACACACCCGAGCAUCCUCGGCUAAGGGCCCCUGAUACUUUGAAGUAAAAACAGGUCACAGUUUCUCUUCUGUUUGGUUCUCUAACAACACUCAUUGCUUCUCUGUUUCCAACUUAGUUAUGAAGUCACUCUUUAUCUGUCUAAAACAAUUUAGAGACUAGAAACUAUGGGAUCUUUCUUUCAUAUAGAAGGCUUUAGUUUCUGAUGCUCAGGAAGUUUAAAAGUUACUAAGCAGUUUCACUCAUGUUGUUUGGUCACUCAUCUUUUAUCGGAGCCACUGCAGGGGCAAGGGGGGCACUUGCUGUUCCCCUGUCAAAAAUUCCUGCCUCGAUCACUGGAUUCACUGCUUAUAUUUAUCAAUUUUACACUUGAUUUUUGUAUGAUUUUGGUUGUAAUUCUCUAGUUAUGUACUUAACAUACCAGAUGUUCAGCUACUCGAAACAACAAAAUUAUGCCCAUGGUCGCAAUCUCGAGAUCUUUUUUAAGUUA